GAUAUGCAAACAAAGGAAGGAGCUCACAACCCCCAGAAAACACACCCACCACAGACAUAAAUCUGGAAACUCUGCACCAAAACAUUUAGAACAGAAGAACCAUUCUGCAAUCAAGGCGAAACGCAACAAACACGAAGAAGAAGGCAUCUUAAUUCAAUGUUUAAAAUCAGCUUUAAGUCGGCGCGUUUGUUACCUGCAACGAGAAACCGAAGAAGAAGAAAAGCCGGACGUUAGCAACACGCAGGUUUUGUUUGUAAAAAAAAAAAAUGUGUCAGGUCAAAAAGCUGAAAAUGUUGAUGGAGCAGCGACUACAUUCUGUCGUGGAAGAAAUAUUUGGACUGUUUGAAAGAACCAUAGCAGAGUACGAGGAGGAACUUUCCAGGACGAAAGAGGAAAAAUACAGACAACAAGAACUACUGGAUGCUGUUUUCAAACCUCAAGUUGUGCUACCCAGAGCAGACGUCCAGCAGGUGUCAGCAGAGAGUCAAGAAGAGAUUCUCUCCAAGCAGCAGGAGUGGAGCUCCAGUGUGGGGCAAAAGGAGUUGGAACCCCCACACAUUAAAGAGGAAGAGGAAGAACUGUGGGAGCAGCUUCAAAGGUUGGAGGAGGCUCAUGAUGAAGAUGAAGCUCAGUCCUUACAGCUUCAUCUCAGUCAAAGUGACGACAACAGAGGGGCGGAGCUUCUAACUCAACACAUUACAGCUGAUGGAGAGCAUUGGGAAGAUAUAAACUCAGAACCAGACAACAUCUUUGCUCCGCUGUCAGAUAUAGACUGCAUGUCAGACUCUUCUGAAAGCGAUCACAGUGACAACGUUCGUAAGCCGUCGGAGAAUAAUAAGAACUCAAAAGAUGAUAUGAGACAUCAUGCUGACAAAAAACGCUAUAAUUGUUCUGAAUGUGGGAAAUCAUUUCGACAGAAGGGUCAUUUUACAACACACAUGAGAAUACAUACUGGGGAGAAACCUUUUGCCUGCUCAGUUUGUCCCAAAAGAUUCUCUACAAAGGAGGGCCUGAAAAAACACAUCCUUGUACACACUGGGGAGAAACCCUAUACUUGCUCUGUCUGUAGUAAGUGCUUUACCAGUAAGCAUGGCAUGACCAAUCACAUGAAAUCACACACAGAGGAGACUCAAUUUACUUGCCCAUUUUGCCCUAAGAGAUACUUGAGUAAAGGUGCUAUGAUGGUACACAUGAGAAUUCACACUGGCGAGAAACCGUUCAGUUGCAACGUAUGCAAUAAAAGGUUCAUAUAUAGGUAUCAGGUCAAAAGACACAACUGUGCAGCAGACUUGGACGCUGCUGCGCAGUGUGGCUCAGGUGUUGGAGCGGUCAUCCAUAAUUUGGAGGGUUCCUGGUAUGACUCAAGCUUUUGCCGUCCUAGUCCCUUUACAUGUGUCCCUUACACUUUACCCACCUUGCUACCAGUGCCACCCACACUGGUAUAUGAAAGUUUGUGGCGGAACAAAACACAAUAAGUAUUUAAGUCUGCAGGGACUUAAAUACAAUCAAACUGUGACUGUGAUUUCAGGUGGUGUUUCUCAUUUUGUGGUGUUGUGUUUUUACUUCUAAAAUUGUAUGUAGCAAUUACUAAAUACUGAAGUUUUUUUUUUUUUAUUUCCUCAUUGUGGAUAUACUGUUUAUUCACUUAAAAAAAUAAAAUAAA